CCGGGGCCUGGCGGGGAUCCACAGCGCCCAGCCCCGGGGGGUCCCCGCGCUUCUCUCCCGGCGCCAUGGCCGUGCCCUUCGUGGAGGACUGGGACCUGGUGCAGACCCUGGGCGAAGGCGCCUACGGAGAAGUUCAGCUUGCUGUGAACAGACGCACAGAAGAAGCGGUUGCAGUAAAAAUAGUUGACAUGAAACGUGCUGUGGACUGUCCAGAGAACAUAAAAAAAGAGAUCUGCAUUAAUAAGAUGUUAAAUCAUGAGAACAUUGUGAAGUUCUAUGGACAUCGUAGAGAAGGCAGUAUUCAGUACCUCUUCCUGGAGUACUGCAGCGGGGGAGAACUCUUUGACCGAAUAGAGCCUGAUAUAGGAAUGUCUGAACCAGAUGCACAGAAGUUUUUCCAUCAGCUUAUGGCUGGCGUGGUAUAUCUCCACAGUAUAGGAAUAACUCACAGGGAUAUUAAGCCUGAGAAUCUCCUGCUAGAUGAAAGAGAUAAUCUCAAAAUCUCUGAUUUUGGCUUAGCUACUGUGUUUAAACACAAUGGUCGUGAGCGACUGUUAAACAAAAUGUGUGGCACUCUCCCAUAUGUUGCCCCAGAACUGUUAAAGAGAAAAGAAUUCCAUGCAGAGCCAGUUGACAUUUGGUCAUGUGGAAUAGUACUUACUGCUAUGUUGGCAGGAGAAUUGCCAUGGGACCAGCCUAGCGAUAGUUGCCAAGAAUACUGUGAUUGGAAGGAAAAGAAAACAUACCUUCCACCUUGGAAGAAGAUUGAUUCUGCACCGUUAGCUCUGCUCCACAAAAUACUAACUGAGAGCCCCACGGCAAGGGUUACCAUUGCAGACAUUAAAAAGGACAGAUGGUACAACAAACCUAUGAAGAAAGGUGUAAAGCGGGCUCGUGUCUCCUCAGGGGGCCUUUCAGACUCACCAGGUGGCUUUUCUAAGCACGUUCGGUCCGAUAUGGACUUUUCACCAAUGAAAAGUGCACACAGUGAGGAAAAAGUGAGCUACUCCACUUCUCAGCCAGAACCUCGCACUGGCAUUUCCUUGUGGGACAGCAGUCCACCCAAUAUCAACAGACUAGUACAAGGGAUCAGCUUCUCCCAGCCAGCAUGCCCUGAGCACAUGCUAGUGAACAGUCAGUUACUUGGCACCCCAGGCUCAUCACAGAACCCAUGGCAACGCCUGGUGAAGAGAAUGACCCGUUUCUUUACAAAGCUGGAUGCUGACCGCUCCUAUAAUAGUUUGAAGGAGGUUUGUGAGAAGAUGGGCUAUGUCUGGAAGAAAAGCUGCACAAACCAGGUCACCAUAUCAACUACUGAUAGAAGGAAUAAUAAACUGAUUUUCAAGGUGAACUUGGUAGAAAUGGAGGACAAGAUUUUGGUGGAUUUCCGCCUGUCUAAGGGUGAUGGGUUGGAGUUCAAGAGGCACUUCCUGAAGAUUAAGGGGAAACUGAAUGAUAUUGUCAGCACCCAGAAAGUAUGGCUUCCUGCCACGUGAUCCAGCUGCCAUCGGGAGGUGGAGUGAAUUGGAUGCUGCUACACUGAUAUAAUUUUAAUUUUUAUUCUGCAUCAAGAAAUGCUUGUGGGUGCCAGUAUCUGAGAGUCACUUGCGAUGGAAACCCGUUUGUUUCAGGAUCUGUCUUGACACCAGGACAUUUCCUCAGAGGAUAAGCUUGGUAAAUACAUUUCCAGGGCCUCCCAGAUGAAUUUGGUGAACAUUAAAGUGUUCCUGACUGUAGUAAGUUAGCUGGUGGCAUGCUUUCCUAUUGCUAGCUAUUGGCAUGAGGUUUUCUUUCUUCUUCUGAGCAAACCUUCUCAUUGGGAUACUUUGUGCUUCUGUGGGAGCCAGCCUGACUGUUCCCCUGACUUACGGAGAAUAUGCCUCCUGCCCCAAGGCUGUUGCAGCCACUGACUGAUGCAGACUUAGAGGUUUUUUUGGUAGGAGUGGGAUGGUAAGAGCCUAUACCUAAUAAAAAUUUGUUUCAGCCCCCUUA